CGCGUCCGACGAUUGGCCAGGUUGAUCUAACACGGCGUUAUGAUUGGCAAGGCGGCGUUAUGGCGCGUUUCGAUUGGCCGAACGUGAUGAAAUCGCGUUGCGAUUGGCCCAGUCCUUAGCCAUGGAGUAGUAAAAGUGUCUCCGAACAUUUGCAGUCUGUGGGUACUGAUAAUAAUCACUGUUUAGGAGAGCAAGAUACCGAGGCCCACACGACCCAUCGUCGAAAGGAUUGAUUGACUUCACGCCCCAACGCCGCCCAAAGAAGGAGAAGCCUUUGAUUCGUUCCAGGAGGCGAGACACACGAUCCCCAGUAGGUGAUGGUGUUAUAGAGGGUAGGGGAGGAAGGCUAGCGCGAUGUCCCUUUUUCGCAAGAGCCCGAAGAGUCCCCAAGAGGUAUCCAAAGCACUUAAGGAUGCUCUUACAGCACUCGAACGGUCAGAUAAGAAGGCUGAAAAGGCUCAAGAGGACACUAGUAAAAGUCUUGCCCAGAUAAAGACAAUGCUAUAUGGCACAAGUGACUCAGAGCCUCAGGAUAUAGUGUUAGCGCAAUUAGCGCAUGAGUUCUAUAACACUAAUAUGCUCUUACUGCUCAUUCUCAAUCUACAUAGAAUAGAUUUUGAGGGUAAGAAGGAUGUAGCCCAGAUCUUCAAUAACAUUCUUCGCAGGCAAAUAGGAAUAAGGUCUCCAACUGUAGAAUACAUUUGUACGAAACCAGAGAUACUCUUUACAUUAAUGAAAGGGUAUGAACACCAAGAUAUUGCCCUUCACUGUGGCACUAUGUUGAGAGAGUGUGCCAGAUAUGAAGCCCUCACUCGAAUCAUUCUCAAUAGUGAUGAUUUCUAUAAUUUCUUUAAAUAUGUUGAAGUGUCUACUUUCGACAUAGCUUCUGAUGCCUUCUCCACAUUUAAGGAACUCUUGACCAAACAUAAGAUGCUGUGCGCCGAGUUCUUGGAGCAGAACUAUGACCGGGUAUUCUCACAUUAUGAGAACCUCCUCAAUUCAGAAAACUAUGUGACACGUAGACAGUCACUUAAGCUACUUGGGGAACUUUUAUUAGACAGACACAACUUUUCUGUGAUGAAGCGGUAUAUUAGUAAUCCAGACAACCUUAAAUUAAUGAUGAUUAUGCUAAAAGAGAAAUCAAGAAACAUACAGUUUGAAGCCUUCCAUGUGUUUAAGGUCUUUGUAGCUAACCCAGACAAGCCACGGCCCAUCCUGGAAAUCUUAUUGCGAAACCAGGACAAGCUUGUUGAGUUUUUAACGCGCUUCCAUACCGACCGCUCGGAAGACGAGCAAUUCAACGAUGAGAAGGCAUAUCUCAUCAAACAAAUCAAGGAACUGAAACCCCUCCCUCCGGACCAGUAGUAUUAUUUCAGUUGAAUUGAAGAGGCAGCAAUAAGAGAGGCUCAGAUUUCCACUGAGCUGCUGUUAAGUGAACAUUCAUUCAUUUCAUCAUUCAUGGUGAGAAGCUUUAUUUUUUCUUGAAAUUCAAUCAGCUUUCAAAGAAUAAGAAAUCCCAGCCUUGUCCCAUGAAUGAGCAAUUACAAAACAUUUAGCUUCUCUCCUCUGUAAUAUGCCUUAGUGAUAACCUCAAGUUGUAACUGAGGGAGAACUUGAGGUAUUGCUCAUAGCGGGACCCUUCAUAGUUGCUGCUGAAUACACACACUUUGCAUCGAGGACAGGCAGACAGGCACAGCACAGUUCAAAGCAGGUGUCCUCAGCAUGACUGCAUUGAUGAUGAUCAUGUUGGGGCUGAGUGAAGAGGUUGCUGCUCCUGUAUUCAGCUAAACUCUUACUGUUGCUGCUGCUGUUGAGGGUAGCAUUUCAGCUCUUAAUUUAGAGGUUAUAGUUUAUAUAUAACAUGAGAUUGGUCUAGAGAAGUGGCUUUUGAGAGAAGUGGCAUCCAUUGCAGUGGAGAUAUUUGUUUUUUUAUAAUAAUGAGUAGCUCUCAUGGUUUGCUUGAAUUUAUUUUGAUCAUUGAUGUUUUAAUUAGUAACGUGAUCCAUCUUUCACAAAUGAUUAUAGGUUAAUAUUGGACUUGACUAAUACUAAUGGCUAAGGGUAACACUUGCUAACGUUUCAAAAUUUUCAAUCAGGAUAUUUUACAUAGUUUUUUUUUUUUUUGAGCUGCCACUGAUAAAUUUACCUGUUAUUGAAGGACAAAAUACUUUUUAUAACUUUUGUAUAUAUAUAAUGUGUGCAGAAAGGGGAUGUGAUUUAAUUGAACAGUGUUGGUCACCUUGUUUAGAAAAUUGUUUUCUUUAUUCAUUCAUUAGUAAUUUUUUUUUUUGUACUGUACAUCAGAUUCUUAAUUUUUCCAAUUUAAGAAUCUCUCUUUGAUCAAACAGGUAGUUUCUAUUUAUUUUUACUAGGUUUUAUGUUAUCCAAUACGAAAAUCCAAACACCUUGCAUUGUUUCAAUGCAGGCAUAGAUUUUGUCAUACAUUAUACAUAAGCGGUAUUGUAUAGUGUAUGUAAGCAGGAAAAAUGGAAAUUUAUUUAAGAAAUCUGGUAGGUUUUUAAAAGGCCUAUAUUUAUAUAUAUAUAUAUAUUAUAUAAAGCACGUAGAAGAGAUGUGAAACUUGAACUUGUUCUUUCAUUUACUAAAGAGAAAAGCUUGAGUUUAAAAUGGAUUUGCAAAGUUGAGCCAUUUGUCAUUCAAGGAUCACUUUCAGGACUUGUGGAGAUAACAUGCACUUCCCAGUAGGAAGCUGAAGCCAGUUUUAUUUUUUAAAAUUUAGAAAUGGUGAUGCAGUGAGUGUUGUUAUUUUGAAAUGCUCUCAAGCAUUCAGCUUUAUGGCUAUGUGAUAUUUAUAAACAAAAAGAAAGUGUCUUAGAAUUUUACAUCACUGAAUUUUCUUUUUGUUGAAAAGAUCAUCUUGAGGUAAGUACGUAUGCUACAAAAAAAGAUUCAGAAUGUGAUUUUCUCUAUGCUCAUUUUAUUGUUAUUUCUCUACUGAUUAGAAUUUGAUUUUUAAUUUUAAGCAUAAUCACCACUGUUAACAAUGUUUGUUUUGGAAUAUGUAGGGUGCUUUAUUAUUUUGUUGGCAGUACAGUAAUUUGCAUAAAAUGGUUAUCAAACAUCAUUUAGCACAUAAUCCAAGGCGUAUUGAGUUUGGUACUUUUAAUUUUUUUCAUGAAUUGGUUUUAAUUUAUACAUUUCAUAAUGAGAAACCAUUGGCUAGUGAAUCCAUGCUAAAAAAAUAUAACUAAACAAAAUUA